AACUUCCUUACUGUGGUCUAUAGCUCAGUAUACUCCAAACCUGCCAACAUGUCUUUUGUGGACACUCUGCGCCAGUGGGAUGAGGCGGUAACUUGUGUCAACAGACAAGAUUUCUCCAAAGCACUUGAGAUUUUCUUGGGUAUUCAGGAACCAAACUCCAAAAUUUAUUUUGACAUUGGCUGUCUCCAUCUUCUUGACCAAGACUUUGAUGCUGCUGAAAAGGCGUUUGAUUGCAGCAUACGCAAGGAUGAACAUUUGGCCAUUGCCUUCUUUCAAAGAGGAAUCACUUUUUACAAAAAGAAGAGGUAUGAGGAGAGUUUAGCGGACUUCCAGAAAACCUUUAAAACACUCAGGGGCAACCAGCUGAUAGAUUACAAAGCGCUUGGUCUCAGAUACAUACUAUAUGCUUGUGAUGUUCUCCACAAUAUGGCCCUGGUUGAAGCUGAGCUGGGUAACUGGGAAAAGGCCCAGGAACACCUCACGAAGGCUCUUAACUACAAGACAGAGGCCAGGUUUAAUAUCAUCGACAAAGCUCUGCAAUCAAUCCUAAAGCAGAAACUUUUCAAACUGGUCGAGUUCCAAUCAAAAGAGAUGUUUAAACCAAAUAAGCACUAUGUUGCAGAGCUGGAGAAGAAAGACUACCUGGGCAAAGCAAAGGUCGUUGCCUCUGUUGUUCCUCAAGAUGAGUUCUCUGGAUUUGCCCCAUUGCAGCCUCAGGUGCAAGAUGGUCCAACUCGUCCAAAAGAGCCUGAGGUUCUGAGGGUGUUGGAAGGAGAACCGCACACUGUGCUCUUUGAGUUUAUUCCUGAGACCAGUGAUGAGCUGGCUGUAGUGCCGGGCAAUAUUGUGUUUGUGUUGCAGAAGGGUGCUGACAACUGGGCAAAUGUGGUCUUCAAUGAAAGAAGGGGGCUUGUUCCUUACAACUAUCUGGAACGUUUGGAAAUCUCCUUAGCUUCUAACAAAAACAAGAAUGGGAACAACUAUAAACAGGGAAUAACUCCGCCUCCAAGCCGACAGCCACCCACCAGACCUGAAAGGAUACAAGGUCUUACUCCAAGUGAAGUCACUAGUGGAAAUCGUCAGCGACAGGAAAAACAGUCCACAGACAAUUCAUGUAUCGUCAAAGUGCAUUUCAAUUUCAACUUUGUCGUAUCAGUCCCGUGUGGGUCACCCUACACGAUGCUGAUUGAGAAAAUCAGCAGGAAACUGAAUCUUCCUUCUUCUGCAAUCACCUUGAGUUUAACCUCUGAGGCAAGUGAACAAAGUGUAAUCGGUGCCAACACAGAAAUGGAGAAGCUGUGGAGCCGUGCCAGCGGUGGGCGUGUCACUUUGUGGUGUAACACCAAGGAGGAGGAGAUUCACCUGGUGGCACUUCACUCCUACGAGUCAUCAAAUCCGGAGGAUCUGAAUUUUCAGCAAGGGGAUAAAAUCAAACUGCUCUCUAAAAUUAACCAAGACUGGUUGGAAGGGCAGUGUAACGGGAAUACUGGGAUAUUCCCUGCAUCCUUUGUGGAAGAAGUUCCUGCGAAUGGCCAGUGAUUUAUGGCCAGGUUUGCUAAUCUGUUAUAAAAGCUGAAAACACUGAUUAACAACUUUUCAAAAGUUGUCUGCUUUGGUGAUAAAAUGUGCCACUUCUUUUGAUAUACCAAGUCUAAAUAUGAUUAUUACAAUAGCUGAUUAUAAAUGCUUAAAAUGUUACAAUUUCCACUUAUGUACAUUAUUUAAAUGACUUUUAGUCAAAAAUUUUAAGUCUGUAUCUUUGCAUUUAUGUGGCUUCAUAUGAAUUUCACCUUUCUUCAUUAUGUAACAAUUUAAAAAGAGCACUAUAUAAAGACUUACUAUCAAACUUUAUAUUAGAAAAACAUAAAAAACAGGACUGCAUUUAUUUUGAGGUCAUCCUGACAGGCCUGGUCCAGAUAUCACAGGUAUGUAGGAUGUUGCAGCAUGGAGUCAGUUUCAUUAAUUCUCCAGAACAUUAUGUGUACAAUGUUGUGCAAAAGUCUUAAGACACCCCUUAUUUUUUCUAAGGAGCCAGACUUUCUUGUAAUUUCUUAAAGGGGUCUUGAGCAAUAAUUCUUCAUUUUCCUAGUAAAAUACAGAAAUGAGGGGCGGCUCCACACUUUUGCACAACACUCUUAUUUAACAAUGUAAAGCAAAUAAACACAUGAAAUGCAAA